AUGACAACCAGUGGGUCCCCGCACGAUGUAGGCUAUGUACGGGCGAUUUCCCGUCAGCUUCUGCUGGGUCUCGACUUCCUUCACCAAUUUGCAACCGGCGAAUAUGAUGUUUUCAGUUACCGGAACUAUAAAUAUCCAAGACUUUUGCAGCCUCCCGAGUUCAGCCCUGUGAAGUGGUUGGAAGGAACGAUAAAGGAUGACAGCCCUCCCAAAUAUUUAACGCCUACGCAAAGGCGCCGUGGCCUGUUGGACAAUGCAAAUUGGUCAACACUUGUGGCCAGGAUUGGGGACUUGGGUGGAGCUCAGUGGAUUGGACACUGCGAUGAGCAAACCGUAACAGCGCUAGGCCUACGUGCACCUGAACUAGUCCAACAGGAUAUCUGGGAUGCCGGCAUAGAUAUCUGGUGCUUGGGCUGCUCUUUAUUCGAAUUGGCCACGAAUGAGCCACCUUUUCCUUUAGGGGUGUUUGGCCUUGCACGACAGGAAAUAGAUAACGACCACAAUGCUCUCAUUGACCAAAGGCUCUCCUCGAACGGCCAGAGAGGCGAGAACUUCACCAACUAUCUGAGAGCUAGGCUACCUAAUUUUACCGUUGACAGUGUGGAAAGCCUGGCGUCGUUCCUGUUGCUUAUGCUACAAAAAAGCCGUCAGAGGCGACUGUCGGCGAAAGACUUACUUCAAUCACCUUUUUGUUGGAUGGGCCUCAGUAUUAAGACAGCUGUCAACACGAAGUGA